AUGCGUUUCUCCACCAUUCUGUCUCUCCUGCCUUUGGCCCUCUCCGUUGCGGCCAUCAACGUCACCGAGCCUGCCAAGGGUGCCGAUGUCGAUGUCUCCGGCUCUUUCACUGUGAAGUGGACUUCCGUUAACACCGACGCCUCCACCGUCGAUAUUGUUCUCGUCAACAAUGCCGUCUACCCCACCGUCUCUGAGAAGAUUGCCUCCGGCAUCGACACCUCCAAGGGCAGCUACACUGUCUCCGGCCUGAAGGAUGUCAGCAGCGGCUCCGGUUUCCAGAUCAACCUGCUCUCCACCGACGCUAAGAACACCGGCAUCCUCGCCCAGUCCGAGCAGUUCGAUGUGACCGAGGCCAAGAGCUCCUCCGCUACUACUACCGGUACAUCUUCCACUGUCUCUUCCACUGAAUCUUCCUCUUCUACUGCCUCUACCUCUGUUGUCUCUUCCGGUACUUCCACUGCUACCACUGAGACCGAUGCUUCCACUACUGGUACUUCCACCCCGGACGUGUCUAUCAAACCCUCUAUUCCCGGACCCCUUACUUCUGGCUCCCGUACUACUGGUCUCCCUGGCAAGAACAGCACUGACAUCUCUCUCCGUACAGCUACCGGUUCUUCUACUACCUCUACCGGAACUUCCACUGGCACCCAGUCCUCUACCGGCACUGCUACCGGCACCCGUCUGACUACCAGCGCUUCCUCCACCGGUACCGCUACCGGCUCUGCCGCUGCCUCCGCCACUGCCUCCACCGGUGCUGCUAUGGGUCUCGUUGCCCCCGGUGCCGCUGCUGGUCUUCUGGCCGGUGUCCUCGCUCUCCUUUAA